GACCGGCACCUGGCAUGAGAUAGCCACGGCUCGACGACCCCAUCUGAUCCCGCAACGCGGACCACUCGGCGGCGGCCGGCGCCCGAGACAAACCAUUCCAAACAAACUUGACAUUGCCAGGCUCACUCCGUCCUCUCAGCUCUCCACCCACCGUGCCCUCGCCGGCCGGCCGUCCACCGCCAUGCCGUUCGUCCUCAGCCCGCGCUCGGCGCUGGCGUCCCCUCUCCGACUCCGUUUCUCCUCCGUCGCCGCCGCCGCGGCGCGCGGCAGCUUCAUCCUCCGCUCCGGGCAUCGGCCCGGCGCGCGCCGGCUCCACGUCGCCCUCGCCGCGGACAACGACCCGUCGUGGUGCGCGCGCCGCUCGGCUCGACCUCUGCCUCCGCUUGCUCUGGGCCUCGGGCGACUGAUCGGUGGUGCUGAGGCGGUUUCUCUUCUUCCUUCUGCAGCUGGGGUGCGGGCUGGUGAGUGGUGACGCUGGACUACAUCGCCACGGUGGACGCGUACCCGCGGCCCGACGACAAGAUCCGCACCGGGGAGCUGAAGGUGAGCUCAUCAUAUCGAUCGUCGCCCUUGCAGCUCCCUCAACCCGCGGCGUCGCUGUUGACCAUCUGCUUCGCCACCGGUGCUUUCUUCGGUAAUGCCGCCGCGUUGCAGAUAUCCGGCGGAGGGAACGCCGGGAACGCGUUGACGGCCGCGGCGCGUCUUGGUCUCAACACGAGGGUGACUUCCAAGGUGACAGCCCCGACCACCUGCUAUGCUUGUGAAUCGUGUUCGAGCACGUACACUUUUAUGGAACACCCACACAGUUUAUCACGGGGUGGAAUUCAUUCGAUGAUUCACCUACCUAGAGUCCCAGACCAAGUUUACUGGUUUUAUCAGGUGGCCAAUGACGAAACUGGAGGCACUGUUCUUUCAGAACUCAUGGAAGCUGGGAUUGAUACGUCUCAUGUCAUAAUUUCCGACGGUGGAAACACAACGUUUGUCCACAUCAUUAUUGAUAAGCAAACGAAAACUCGUACAUGUAUACUCACACCGGGUGAUCCUCCAAUAGUUCCUAGUGACUUGCCGAUGUCAAGUUUAUCAGCUGCACUGCAAGAUGUAAGCUUGUUAUAUCUAGAUGGAUAUUCACCGCAAAUGGCACUGGUUGUUGCUAAGCAGGCUGAUCAGAUGAAGAUUCCGAUAUUAGUUGAUGCCGAACAAGAGAGAACAAAGGAAGAAUUGGAAGGUUUGCUCAGUCUAGCAAGCUAUAUUGUGUGUUCAGGGAAAUUUCCAAAGAAUUGGACCUCGAUCCCAUCCUUACCCUGUGCCCUGCUUGAGAUCCUCGUGCAAUACCCUCGUGUGAAAUUUGUCAUUGCAACCCUCGGAGAAAAAGGUUGCAUGAUGCUUGAAAGGAGUGAAGGUGGUGAUGGCGCGGUAGAAGAUACAGCAGAUAUAGAGGUUGUUGCCGAGUCCUUAAAGUUGGAACUUCACAAAGAUGACGUACUUCCGAGUUGUGUAUCAUCCAAGUUCAUGGGGGUUUCUGCAAGAGGGCUUGGCACUGUGUUUGGACGGCUGCUGAUAGGAACAGCAGAGGUUAUCCCUGCUUCAGAGCUUGUUGACACCACUGGCUGCGGGGAUGCAUUCAUAGGAGCAGUGCUUCACUCACUGUCAGCAGAGAUGCCUGCCGAGAAGAUGCUCCCGUUUGCUUCCCAAGUGGAAAUGCAGCAGAAGACGGUCGCUUCAGUUUUCCUCGGCUGAUCCUGAUUGAGAUUGAGAUGUGCUCGCGUUGCUGCAGGCAGGCAUCAAAUGCCGAGCGGUCGGAGCGCGGGGCGGCCUGACGUGGCGCUCCGAUCAACGCCUUGCCAAGUACCUGUAAAGAUUUGAGAUCGCGCGACAAGGCAGAAGAGGACGGACGGGCCUUGUCGAAUGGAGUAUGGGAAUGCCCCGUGCAAUGGAUGCUCUCCAGCUUCUGUGUCUCCUUGCAGAAUUCCAUGGGUGCAAAGUUCAGACACUGUUGCGGCAUCAGCGACAUGCCUCGCUUGGACUUGGUGAUAGAGCUCCCGACGAGAAGACUCUGAUUUGAUUUGGAGGAAUUUCAGCGUGACUGAACUGCCACUGCUAAGAUUAGUGCCGUGAGAUCGGCGCGCGGGCUGGUCUACCUUGGCUAGAUAGGUGCCGUCAGAGCCAUUUGUGUUGUCAGUUAUAAAACAAGGAACCCGGAAUAAAAGAACUGCUGCGCUGUUCAGAAGUCCAUAGGUUCAUACAUGGUGAGCUAGAGUAUACUAUCAUUCAGCACAAGGAAUUGAAAGUUCCUACUUCCUCCUCCUCAUUUUCUAAUUUGAUUUUUGGCCACUUGAAUCUGUGCUUCUAGAAAUACUGCUGGCUGAAUAAGAUAGACCGGGGCAAAGGCUCUGAACUUUGGAGGGUGCAGAACAAGUGGAAUGUGUGAGUUGAACUGCCAUUUGUAAAUUCAGAACUGGUCACCAUCAAGGGCGGUGGUUGCAAAAGGAGACCCUAGCAGCCUCCGAAUUGUGAACUUGUAUGUGGUCAGCACUUGGGGGUGUCUUGCUAGGCCCAAUCCGAUGUCACCACGUCACGGACCGGGCGCUCGGUCAACGCGUCUGACCAGGCGCCACAGGCACACCCACAGCAGGCACGCGAGAGACCCCGCCGGCGCCCGCCGCCGACAUGUCGAGGUGCGGUGCACGACGGCGGCAAGUCGUCACAGAGGUUUCCGUCCAUGUCACCAUGUGCGCGGGCUAGGGGAGAGCCCAACUCCAAAUCAGCUUGCAACUUUCCCUUUGCGUUGCGUCCUGUGUUGAUAUAAAUAUAAACCGACCCAAACUGAAUCGGAUCGCAGCGCUGCAGCAGACGGCUUCGUCCCCGCCUCGUCUGAUUGUUUGUUUCUCUGCGGUAUCGAUGGCUUCGAGCUGCGGCGGGCGCGGGCGCCGUCGAUGCGCCGCCAGCCGCUGCCACGGUCGCGGUCGCCGUCGAGCGGAGGCCGGCGGCGGUUCGCCUGUCGGAGCUCGGCCUCAGGUCCUGGCCCAAGUGAGUAGACCUGACGACGAGCACGCUGUCAUUUGUACGGGUCCAUCUUCUGCGAAGCACGUGACGUCACCAGCGGUUGUUGGAACACCUUGUAUUGUAGGUGGGGCGGCCCUCCGGGGAGGUACGCGCUGAGCUACGGCGCGCGGCAGACGUGCUACGUCGUGAGAGGGAGGCUGAGCGCCACCGUGGAGGGCUCGCCGGACGGCGCCAUCCAGUUCGGCGCCGGCGACCUCGUCGUCUUCGCCAGGGGGACGCGGUGCACCUGGCACAUUGUCUCCGCCGUCGACAUGCACUACGCCUUCGAUCCAUCCUGACAGGAGGAACCGAGGACGUUGCUCUUCGCACACUGACCCAAAUGUUGAAAACUGUAAACUGAAGAACAGAACAAGUGCUACAGAUGAUGGAUCAGCAAAACCAAGCAUUGCGUCUAAUUCCAGCUCCUGCGCCCUGCAUAACCAACUCACUAUCUGUAUGCAUUUUACUUUGAACCAUGGAUACAUCAUCCAGCAGCCAAGGAAUUGAUAUCCAACUCAACCAUUUGUACCUGAAAAGUUCAGAUUGUAAGAAGGUAGACCUACGGGUGAGGGUACUACCUCGAACACGCAUUUUGGCAACAGAUUAUGAACCAUUGAUAUA